UUAGUUGGUGGCGGUAAUGCACCAAUUUGUUGUUUGCCAACUGCCGUUAAACCUCAGAAGAAGAAGAAGGAGGAGGCGAAGAAGAAGAAGAAGGAAAAAGUAGCUGACGUUUGGAUUUUUUUUCUGCGUAUAUUUGGACCGUUAGUAAGCAGAGCUUUGAAAUGUUAACACCCAAAAACAUAAAACCGACAAAACAGUUUGAAGCUAAGUAAGAGUGUAAACUGCGCUGAGUGAUAGUUGAAUAGCUCUUGUGGGCGCGUGCUCUGGUUCUUAUGGCUAGUUGAAUAAGGGGCAGCGAGAGUAAACUUGAUACAGAAGAAGGGAAGGAGAAAGAUAACGAGGAGGAGCUGAGGAAGGAGCUGAGCUAUGUGGAAAAACGUCUGACAACGGGAGCAGUACAGCUAUUUUUAUACUUCGGAGAAAGUAAGAUGGAGGGAGAAAAGAAAAGACAGAGGCAGCGGUGGGAGGAGAAAGAGAGUAACGAGGCAGAGGAUGACAAGAGGAGUAAUGAUGAUGCUGACAAUGAAGAGGAGGAAGAUGAAGAUUCAGAGGGCAUGUCACUGGUCUGGCAGGACGGCUGCAAUGAGGACAAUAUGGGCCUUCCGAUCAUGCACUGGGAGGCACUGAGCCUGCGUAUUGCUGACCUGGAGAAGCAAGAAGAGGAGAAGAAGGCAAAGAUUGGAGAUUCUCUCGAGCGAGACAGAGCUCCAGUGAGCUGGACAGAGGAGAGAAGGAGGAGAGCUGAGAGCUGGGAGGACGGAGAAGAUGCCUGCAACAGCCACGUGCUGGCACUCACCUCCCGUCUGCAGACACAGAUGAAUCUCCAGCUGUGCUUCAUCAACAUCAGUGAAAGUGAGGAGGAGGAGGGGGAGAGGGAGGAAGAAACCAACAAGAAGGAAAGCUCCAACACUCGGAGAGGGGCUGUUCAGGUUUGUAAGACUCCUCAGCCUGCUUCCAAGCCAGAGAGAACAACAUCUAGAGGUUUCAGGAAUACUCUGAGGAAUCUACGAGACAGACUGAGAUCAGACUACAAAACAACAACUGCAGCUCAUAGUGAUCCUGUAGUCCAGAAGAGACAUUUUCAGCGCAGUGAUUUACAGAGAUUCAGUAUUAAAGAGCUAAAUGUUCUUUGUACUUCUCUCAGCCAGACCAUACAAGACCUGAGUUCAGAGCUAGUGGGUCGCCUCCAGGUCCGGGACCAGCUAAGGACAGAGCAGGAUGCCAUGUUGCUGGAGGUCCAGGAUCUCACAUCAGUGUGAACAUUCCAAACACUCCCAGUUAAAGUUUACCUAUUGAGCAAUCAAAAGUGGUUGUAUCACAGCUGUUACAAUCUGUAAGCAUUGUUGUGAAUCACAUGGUGUCACAGUGGACUCCAUAAACAUCUCAGUCUAACCACACAAUCACUGUGAAGACUUUCACUCCUAGAAAGGACUUUGAGUUGCACAAUUUUUAAUGUUGUUGUCUGUAUGGUAUUAUUUUUAAGGGAGAUUUGUCUCACUAAGAGACGCUGUCCACCAACCAUGGUUUUAAAAUGACAGAACCAGCAGAAAGCCAGAUGUCACAGGCAUGGUGACGGUGAGUGAGCCUGAUGGUACAGUAAACUGAGCUGGACACAAGAUCCAUGCAGUGGAUGGCAGCUGUAAAGGAAAGAACUGACUCUUUUUUUAUACUUUUGUUUGUUUACAAAAAACAGGGCACCUUGAAGGAGUUACAUAUGCUAAAAAUGUCUGUUGAAACAAAGAAAAAGGCUAGAAAUUGAAGUUGUUUACACAAAAUUGCCAGUGCACCACCAAGCUGUUAUUUCUUUAGUUUUCUUUACAUUUCAACAAUUCAUCAUACACAUUGGUUGAAGCUAAUAAACGGUUUAGUAUGUUCUUUGGUGGUUUAUAUCAUGUAAAAAUAGCAGACAUUAUUAAUAUUUAGCCUUUUAAAAUCUGAUAUUAGAAAAGAAUUAGAAUCAAUAUUAUAACAAAUUUAACAAUUUGUAAAGUGGAUUUCUCUCUUAUUCCCCCUGGAAAAAUUCUUUAAUAAAUGUUGUGUUUUAAAAGCUUAAAUCAGCAAUAUAAAAGGGACUGCUGUUAAGAAGCUGCUAAUUGUGUCAACCGAACAAUCUUUGUUUGGUUUCAAGUCUAGUUUUGUUCUUUUCAGAAAAUGUAUUUUUUGUAUUUAUGCAUGUCUUUUAUUCAUUUUAAGUAAAGUUGAUAAGGAACUAAAUGUGCUCUGAUGCCCUUUAAAUGAUGUACAAUUUUACUCUUCUUCACCAGUGUGCUUUUUUAAAGAAAUGUAAGGAAUGUUAUUUUUUUUAUCUGUUUUUUUUUUUUUGUGGCAGACUUGGUACAUUUUUGAUGUUUUCCAUUUCCUAAAUACCUUUUAAAAACAAUGCUGAGCUAUUGUCUACAGUAGUUCAGUAUAAUAAACGUACAGAACACUAACUGUCGGUUCAAAAGUGUUAUGUCACACUCACCACUCUGCUGAGACCACUAUUUUAAAAUACAAAAUAAUGCUUUCAUUCAAACAGAAUUUGUUUUCUACUUUGCCUUUUGUGUGUGUGUAUGUGUGUGUGUCACUGUUAACCUACCUUCAGCCUCAGCUUAUUCCAAGGUUGGCCAUUGGUAUGAAACAUCUUCAGGAAGUAUUUCAUUCACAGUAGAUUAACACCAAAUUAAACAAUGGCUAAGUAGAAGUUAUUUGAAGAAUUCAAGUUUGCUAAAAUGACCUUGUGAACUGUUGCACACCUGGACUUUUUGGAGACAUGUACUUAUUUGAAUACCCACUUUUCUUUGUGAAUGUACAGUUAGCGCAUAAAGGUACCAGUAAUGUGGACCAAAUGGGUGGUAUUUGUGUGGAUGCUGAGUCAGCAGCAUCUACACUAUGUUAUUCAAGUUAGGUUUCACCUAAAGACUUAAAACAACACACACUGUUGGUACAUAACAGCUGAUAGUCAGCUUAGUGUGUAAGAAAAUAAGCAAUGAAAGGGAC